AUGAUACCAGGCAGAAGUCCUACUUCAUGGGGUGUACACAGAGUACCCCCAACUUUGUUCCGAAGCCCAAGCCGCCCCAGUUUCUUUUCCGGAAUUUCAGUGGCUGCAGUACCGCUUCCCAUCCUGUCACCGUCGCCUCCGCGACUUCGGCGGACGCUUGCGGGGCUUUGUGCGAACA